AUGAAGGAUGUGUCCAAUUUUGGAAGCUGCAGUGGGUCUAAGACUGAACUGCACUAUCAGAGAAAGACCAAAGGGCUACCUAAUUCUGUGAUUAAACAUCAGACUCAUGUUUUCAAAAAACUUUCCUUUGAAAAGGUGAGCUCUAAUGUUCUGGGGGAUGGAAUUUCAGCCAUUUUUGGGCAUACUCCCCCUGAUGAGCAUUCUAUUCAACCUGAUAUACAAAGUUCCCUUGUUCAUGAUGCUGACAAAUUUGUGGAAAAUAUUUUUGCUGACAAUAGCAUGUUGACCAUUGAUGAUAACCUGCCCUCCCAAAAUGGUAGUGAUAAUUUCAGAUCUGUUAUUGCAGACCUUGUUAAACUUCACUCUAUUGAUAUUUUGGCUAUUUGUGAACCUAAAGUUCAAUUUUCAAGAGCCUCUAUUGCUCUUAAAAAUCUUGGCUUCACUGAUUCAAGAAUUGUUGAGGCUGAAGGUUUCUCUGGUGGUCUUUGGCUUCUGUGGAAUAAGAAUAAGACUCAGGUUGACUUUAUUGAUGAUAACUUUCAAUCUAUUUCUGUUAAAAUCACUCUCCCAGGCAAGCCUACUUGGAUGCUUACUGUUGUUUAUGCUAGUCCAACUCACACCACAAGGUCUUCACUGUGGCCCUAUUUUGACAACCUUGCUGCCAUCACGAAUCUCCCUUGGAUGCUUAUUGGAGAUUUUAACGAGUUGGUUUCCAGUGCUGAUAAGAGUUGUGGCCCUUUUACUGGUAGAUUUGGUGCCUUAAGGGAUUGGAUCAACAGGAAUGCUUUGAUUGAUAUGGGUUACAAAGGAUCUUGCUACACUUGGAGCAACAAUAGGGUGAAAGAAAGACUGGAUAGGGCCUUCUGUAAUUGCUCUUGGAGGUCUACUUUUUCUGAUGCUUUUAUUCAACAUCUCCCCAAAACAAGGUCUGAUCAUUGCCCUAUUAUCAUGCAGUUGUCUUCCAACAAUUACAUUAACAGAAAUGCUAGCCCUUUUAGAUUUCAAGCUAUGUGGUUUUCUCAUGCAACUUAUUCUGAUUUUGUGUCUGACACUUGGAAUGGGAUGCAUGGGAAUUUCCAUUCUAAAAUUAUGGGCCUCUCUUCUGCUCUCUCCAAAUGGAAUAGAGAGAUUUUUGGGCAUCUGUUUCAGAAAAAAAAGAGAAUUUUGGCCAGGAUUGGUGGCAUCCAAAAGGCUUGUGACAGAUAUGAGAACCCUUUUUUAAUUAAGCUUGAAGCUGAGCUCAUCCAUGAAUAUGAGAGUAUCUUAAAUCAGGAAAAUCUUUUUUGGAAACAGAAAUCUAGAGAUAAAUGGCUUCAAGGAGGGGACAGAAAUACUAAAUUCUUUCACCUGACUACUUUGGUCAGAAGGAGGAAAAAUAAGAUUGAGGGUUUGUUUGACAGCAAUGGAAAUUGGUUUAUUGAUUCUGCUUCCAUGAAAAAUAUUGCUGUUGAUUUUUUUACUAAAUUGUUCUCCUCCCCUAUUGCUGAAGACACUAGAUUUAUAAUUCCCUGGCUCUUUCCUGAGAUUGAUCAAGAUGUGCUUAACAAUAUCUGCAAACCUGUUUCUCUCCUUGAAGUGAAGGACUCUCUCUUUGCCAUUGGUGGUCUCAAAGCUCCUGGAUUUGAUGGUUUCCCUGCUAUUUUUUUUCCAACAUCACUGGCAACUUUACUCUUGUGA